AUGGCUGCGAGCCUCAAACUUUCCACAAUCCGUACAGGAUUCCGAUAUGCUGCUCCCCGCCGCCUUCAGGCUGGCCACAACAAUGCGCUUGCUCGUCGAACGUAUUCGUCUGCUGCAGCACCACCAACCUCUCCCUUUGCACCUCGCCAUUUCUUAUCCAUCGCGGAUCUUACACCCGCCGAAUUCACAACGCUCGUGCGCAAUGCCUCGCAACACAAAAAGACCAUCAAGAGCGGCUCGGUGCCGCGGAAUCUCCUGGGAGCAUUGUCCGGCAAGACAGUAGCCAUGAUGUUCAGCAAACGAAGCACGCGAACCCGGAUUUCGACAGAAGGCGCAGUGGCCCAAUUGGGUGGGCAGCCCAUGUUUUUGGGUAAAGACGAUAUACAGUUGGGAGUCAACGAGUCGCUUUACGAUACCUCUGUGGUUAUUUCGUCCAUGGUCUCGGCUAUUGUGGCGCGCGUGAAUAGUCAUGAUGAUGUUGCGAGUCUAGCGAAGCAUUCCACGGUACCUGUGAUCAAUGCCCUGUGUGACCUGUAUCAUCCGCUCCAGAUCAUCGCGGAUUUCUUGACUAUUCACGAGUCCUUCCACGCACGUCCCACGGCCGGAUUGAAUAGUCUUGGUAUGGAAGGGUUGAAGAUUGCAUGGAUCGGAGAUGCGAACAAUGUGCUGUUUGAUAUGGCCAUUGCUGCCGCCAAGAUGGGAGUCGACCUUGCCGUGGCCACACCCAAGGGCUAUGAGAUUCCGCAGACGAUGCUUGACAUCAUCAAACAAGCCGGUGCCGGCGUUUCCUCGCCAGGCAAACUGAUCCAGACAAAUGUACCAGAGGAAGCCGUCAAGGACGCCGAUGUCCUGGUCACCGACACAUGGGUAUCCAUGGGCCAGGAGGAAGAGUCGGCGAGGCGCAUCAAGGCCUUUGAAGGUUUCCAAAUCACGCCAGAACUCGCCCAGCGCGGCGGAGCCAAACGGGACUGGAAAUUUAUGCACUGCCUGCCCCGCCAUCCGGAAGAAGUCAGCGACGAGGUCUUUUACAGCCACCGCUCUCUUGUUUUCCCCGAAGCUGAGAAUCGACUGUGGGCGGCCAUUUCGGCGCUGGAAGGAUUUGUUGUUAACAAGGGCAAGAUCAAUUGA